AGCUUCAGAAGCGACGUCGAGCAAUGUAGUGCGCCGUUGCCACGACUGUGGAAGAGCUCGCAAUAAAAAUACUCGAAAGUCGUGCACUGCCUGCAAAAAGUUUAUUUGUGGAGAUCAUUCCAAGAUUAUGUGUCUUUCCUGUGUAGAAAAUGCUAUGAAUGAUUAAUUUUAAAUAUUAAACAUGUCCAAAAGUGAUAGCUAGUAAGAAGUCAAAACAAGUGGGACAAGUCACAUCAGCAGAUAGAGGAUGCGAUUGGGAACGUGAUACGUGAUACCUCCCUUUUUUAUAUUUCCGAGAGUUAGAUAUCAAGAAUAUUUUGUAUCGGAAGAACCAGAAGGAUCAUCUGGAGAUGCUUAUCCAAGUGGUAUCCACGAAAAGUUUUGUGAAAUUAAAAACGAUCAGGGAAUUCAUGUAAUUGUUCCAUUAUUUUAAAAUAUCUGUGCUCUUGUGACAAUUUCCACACUGGGUGCAUCUUCUGGGCCUUUGCACAUUAAUUAAUGCAGCAAAGCAAGCGCAUCUUCGUCUUCUGAAGACGAAGACAUCUUAUCGCACGAAAGUUAGCCUGUAUAAUGCCGCAUCUAAACGUUUCUUGCCUGUUCCACGCCUCUUCUGAUAUAAUUCAAAUCGCGUCUGCACCGUAUCUGUCCUACGCCUGCGCUUCGCCUGCCCCGUGCCUUCGCCAUACGUCGCUUGUGUGUUUUAGGUCUUAUUGAAACUAAAAAAUAACGAAUUGCCAACCCUUUAUUUCUAAUUUCUGUUUAUUUCAUUUAUUUAUUAUCAUGAAGACUUCUGAAGGAUUUCAAGUUACGGAUAGCAGAAAUCUGCCUAAGGUAGAUCAUCUAAUGUUAAUGCAAUAUAUGCACGAAAAUGAGUGUUAUAAUGUUGCGGAAACACGAAGUGCCAAGGCAUUAUUAGCGUCCCGCGAGGCCUACGUGGAGUCAGCUAUAGGUUUCGUGGAAAUCAAAUGCGAAGGAAACUUGUGCACUGUAAAAUGUAGAGUUACGCCGGAACACAAAAUUAAGGGGAAAUUAUAUCCGGUAACGGCUGUAAUAGACGAAAAUUCUGAGAAAAUAUUAAAGCUGGAAUGCACUGAUUGUGCAGCUUCAGCAGGUGGAUGUAAACAUGCUAUUUGUUUUGCACUUUGGCUCAUAAAACGAACUGACGAACCAGCCGUUACUUCCGUUACUUGCUACUGGACCAAGCUACCUGGAGCAGUUAAUGAACAGAGGUUUAUAUUGGCCAAAAACAUUGGAAAAUCCAAAAGUACACUCGAAGAUGUACAAAUGAAUGUGUCUUUGUCAAUGUUUACUGAAGAAUGCAAACGCCAGAAAGUCACAAGUGGGUUGAUUUUAAAUUACUGCAGCUAUCGACAACCUAUACUCAACGAAUUUAGUGUUUUAAAUUUAAUGUUGCAGUUUAUACUAAAGGUCAAUCAAGCAGACUCUAAAGUGUGGCAUUGCUUACGCCUAGGGAGAGUGACUGGCUCAAGAAUAUAUGAAGCUGUUCAUUGUCAGACAGAAAAUGGGGCUUUAGUACAAAAUAUUCUUGGAGGCUAUAAACUACCGGAGACUAAAGCAAUGAAAAGAGGAAGAAUCUUGGAAAAGCAAGUGCUGGAAGAACUUGAAAAGUUUUAUAAUUUGAAAAUAAAUAACUCAGGAUUCAUUUUAAUAAAUCCCAUCAUUGGAGUAAUAUUAGUAUUCAUCAGAUAAUCCCAGAUGGAUUAACUGAUGAAUGGGUCUUAGAAAUAAAAAACCCUUAAAUAUUACUUGACAACCGAAACGCCAACAUUUUGUGGACAGACGAAAGUUUGUUCACAAGAGUUGGUGUAUUCAAUAUCCAUAAUGAGCACUGGUGGAGUUAUCGGGAUGAAAACCCCAGAAAGAUAAAAAGAUAUUCUUUUCAACACCGAUUUAGUUUA